AUGCUAUUGAAGUUAAAAACUACAGAUCAUCACAACAUAUCAAUCUGCCCUUCUGUUUGCACCUGGAUAGGCGUCACUUGCGGAGCUCGCCACCAUAGAGUCACUGCCUUGAAGCUCUCUAGCAUGGGUCGUAUAGGAACCAUCCCUCCUCAUAUUGGGAACUUAUUCCUCCUUUCAGGGCUCUCCUUUGCAAAUAAUAGUUUUCACGGCUCUUUUUUGCCAAUUGAGUUAGCCGGAUUACGUCGGCUUCGAUACAUUAGCUUGGAAUAUAACAGCUUUAGUGGUCAAAUACCAUCUUGGCUUGGAGAUCUUUCCCAGCUUCAAGACUUGGGAUUAUACAGCAACAAUUUCAUUGGCGGCAUCCCAACUUCUCUGUGCAACUUGUCAAAGCUAGAGAUGAUGUACUUAAGCAACAAAAGUCUACGAGGAUCCAUACCUGAAGCCAUUAGUAAUCUCCACAACUUACUUGAAGGAGCAUAA